AUGAGCGACGACAGCGUUUAUGCACUCAGAGGCACGUCUGCCCUUUAUGAGGUGCUCGGUGUCUCGCGGAACGCCACGCAGCGCGAGAUUCGCCAGGGCUACUACAGGCUUGCGGUGCUCUACCACCCCGACAAAAACCCAGAAGGGUCGGAUGUCUUCAAAGAGGUUUGCUUUGCCCAUGGAAUUCUCUCUGACCCAGAGCAGCGCGCCUUGUACGACAGCGGUACAUUGCGUGCCGAGCUCGAGUCGAAGGCGCGUGCCCACGGCCCUUCCAUGGACCCAGGUGUGGAGCUGAGUCCAGAGGACCUGCGUAUUUUUGUGGAUCGCAUACAACAGACGCAGGAGGCCAAUCGGCAGGUGCAGUCGACCUUUGAGGUGAGGCGCGAGGAGGAGAUGAAGCGAAGGGCAGAGUUUGAUGCCAAGAAUCCGUCCUUUAAGGCGGAGUAUGAGCAGGCGCGCCGCCUGCGACAGCAGGGCUGUGGAGGCUCCACCUCUGCAGGCCAUGCAUAUGCUUCCGCCACUGCAGACCUAUCAAAGACAGUACCACCCAAGGUGCGCACUUCCGCCGAGGUUCUUGCUGAGCUGCAGCGGGAAGAGGAAGAGCGCCUCUAUGGCAAUCCUGCAAUCGGCUCUGUCAACUUAAAGAGCAGCAGCGUAGCUGGGAACGAUGGCCUCUCUACGAGGCAGUACAUGAUGUCGCACUAUCGCGCCGCUCACAGCGAAGUUAGUGGAGGCGAAAGUCUCAGCACCUCCUACAGCGGCGGCAGCGCCGCAGCCAACCUGCGCCUCCGCCAACUGCAAACCACUAGGUUGCCAUUUGUCAGUGCGCAAUGCGAGAAGCCUCAAUACAGCGAAACGAUUAGUGCGACGGUGCAGGCGUAUGCAGGCUAUGACUACCUCACUUUCGUUGAGGGGGGUAGUGUAGAUCGCGGGGAACUGGCGGGGGCGAUCAUGGCCGACGCCUUGGGCAACUACGACCGACACCACUGA